CUCCCCGCGCCUGCGCGUCCGGUGCCGGCCGCCAUCUUGAGGUGAGGGGCGCGCUGAGGCGGCCGCAGCACUGCACAAUGGAGAACUAUAAGAAGACCAAAAUCGUGGAGAAGCCUUGUCCACUUCCUUUCACUGACCUGCCUGCUGAUAUUAUUGAGAUGAAAGUGAAGGAUGGGAGCAAAAUCAGGAAUCUGAUGGGCUAUGCCAUGAGCAAGAUGGAGCAGGAGUCGGUGAGGCAGAUUCUCUUCACUGGCUCGGGCAAGGCUGUCAGCAAGACCAUCACCUGUGUGGAAAUCAUGAAACGACGGCUCAAGGAGCUGCACCAGAUUACCAAAGUGCUCUUCAGGCAGAUCGAGGAGAUGUGGGAACCCAUCGUGCCCGAGGCAGGCCUUGAUGCCUUGACAGUGAAGAGGAACAUUCCUGCCAUAUGUGUCCUGCUCAGCAAAGAUCCCCUGGACCCUCAGGAGCCGGGGUACCAGGCUCCAGGAUCCUUUGAUGCCUUUUGGACUGAGACACUCACAGCAGAGUCCCAGGGCCAGAUGAAGAGGAAGCAGGGUGGGGGCCGGGGCACUGGGAGCACGGGGAAGCACCCGCGCUCCGCAGGGGCAGCGCCAGGGGAGCCCUGA